AUGCCGUAUUUUUCAGGGAUGCUGUCAUCGCGCGUCGUUGCUCGUUUGGGUGCCCGAGGUCUACUCUCGGCAGCUGCAUCCCAUCCACGUCACGACGUUGAGGGCCAUCCACCUCCUCCAGUCACGCAGCUUAGUGAACACGAGCUACAUUUGGCAGACACAGGUAGAGGCUGUUAA